AACGUUCUGCUACGCGGUCCGCAACCUCAUCCUGGCGUUAUUUUGUGCGCAAAAGCUAACAAAAGGAUCCACCAGCGCGGAAACUAUAUUCGAACGUGUCGGUAAAACAGAGUGACCUUAGGAUCCUCUUAAAACGCCGGCGGCGACAUCUCUCGGCCAGCUCCGCGCGCGUUCGGGGCGGCAAGGCGGCGGCGCGUCGCGCUCGCGGCUAACUUCACGCGCUCCCUUCGUCUUUGGAUCUUCAUGGCGUGCGUUUUGCUGCGAAACGCGACGCGCGGAGGACUGGCCAGGCGUCUGCGGGGCAGCCGGGUGAUCGCGAGGACGAGCGACGAGCGGUGCGUCAUGACGAGCCGGGCGAGACUCGAGAAGGCGCUCGAGGAGCUGCAGAGGAAUCCGUACUACGACAAGUACGCGGAGAAGCUCGCGAGGCUGCAGCAGACCAGCCCGGCGGAGUUUCUGCAGCGCGUCGGGCAGCAGGAGAAGAAGAGUCGCGAGAGGCAAGUCAAACGCGUAAUUGCUAAGUAUCAGCCCUCGACGUCGGCGACAUUUCCGUUCCUAUUAAAGAAUGUGCGGUCAUCUUGGAGUCUAACGAUAAAGAGGCAAUAUGUCAAAGAUCUAUCUGAAAAUAAGUACAUUACCACGCCGAUUUUUUACGUAAACGCUGGUCCUCACAUUGGACAUUUGUACAGCGCAGUUCUGGCCGACGCUGUCGCUCGCUACAACGGCAUGCUGGGCCACAAAACGUGCCUCGCCACUGGCACCGACGAGCACGGCAACAAGAUCAAAGCCGCCGCGGCCGCGGCCGGUCUACCGAAUCUCGAGUACUGUACGAGAAUUUCGCGGCAAUUCAGGGAGAUGUGCGAUAGGUUCGAAGUGGAUUAUUCGCGUUUCAUUAGAACCACUGAAAAGCAGCAUUCUGAUGCAGUGUAUCACUUUUGGAAUCGGCUAGAGGAAAGAGGGCAUAUCUACCUGGGAAAGUACUCGGGAUGGUAUUGCGUGUCGGACGAAGCGUUCCUCGGCGAUGCGGAUUUGGUGGAGGAGAAAGAUUCGACCGGGAAGGUUAUCAAAGUCUCCGCGGAAUCGGGAAACAAAGUAGAGUGGAUGGAGGAGGAGAACUACAAGUUCCGACUUAGCGCGUUUCAAGACGAUCUCAAGUAUUGGCUCAGAGAUGAGAACACAGUUAGACCUGCGCUGUAUCACAAAAUACUAUCCCAGUGGGUAGAGGAAGGUGCGUGCUUACAAGAUCUGAGCGUUACCAGAAUUAGAAACAAAGUGCCGUGGGCUAUACCUUCGCCAUGCGACGAGUCUCACUCGAUAUACGUUUGGAUGGACGCCUUAGUGAAUUAUUUAACGGUCUUGGGAUAUCCAAAUGAAUCGUACAAAGAAUUCUGGCCACCCACUCUUCAAAUAAUUGGCAAAGAUAUUUUGAAGUUCCAUGGUAUCUACUGGCCAGCAUUCUUAAUAGCGGCAGGCCUCGAGCCUCCAAAGACGCUACUGUGUCACGCUCAUUGGACCGUCGAUCACAAAAAAAUGUCGAAAUCAAUGGGAAACGUAAUUUCGCCAUUCGAGGCUGCCAAUGAUUACUCGGACGAGGGACUGCGAUAUUUUGUUCUGCGAGAAGCGGUGCCACAGAACGACGCAAAUUACAGUUCGACGAAAAUUGUCAACGUAUUGAAUUCCGAGUUGGCGGAUACGCUGGGCAAUCUGGUGAGUCGUUGCACGGGCAAAGCAGUCAAUCCGUCCAAAGAGUUCCCCGACCCGGCGAGAUACUGGGACGUGUUGCGGUCUCCGGUAGCCGAUGAAACCAGAGAGGCUUUAAAAUCCGUGGGCACAAGGGCGCGCGAGAGCUACGAGGAAUACAAUUUACACCAUGUCGUGGACGCGGUCAUAAGUAUGCUUCAUAGCGCGAAUAAGAUGGUGGCGUAUCACGAGCCUUGGCAGCUGAGGAAGCGAGUCGACGACGCGGAUUCGAUCGAGCAGCUUAAAGCCGUGAUUUCCCUGGCCCUGGAAAGUAGUAGAAUAGGGGCAUUAAUAUUGUAUCCAAUUGUACCAAGAUUGAGCAGCGGCUUGCUCGAUUUUCUGAACAUCCCGAAGGAAAGUCGCACGUGGACGAACACCGCGCCUGAGUUUUUAAACAACAGCAGCGCGAAAGAAAGGCACAUCGAACGUAAUAAUCUGAUACUGUUUAAGAAAAUAAAGAGCCAAUAAAUAAGUA